GAGACUAUAAGACUAUUGAACAUGAACUUUGGGAAAACCCAGAUUUUGUUGUUGUACAGUUGAAGAUGACCAAUGGCUAUGUUUCCGAGGCAGCAGGUGUGACAUUCAAUUCAGAAGUCUUCAAAACAUAUGAAAAAAUCUGCGGGACUGUUUUUGCAUUUAAUGACCAAGAAAUCCGUCUUUGGUCUAUGUCCGAUAACGUGGCAUGUGCAGUAGAUGGUUGGGGAACAGAGGGCUUUAGGAGCAACACUGCUAGUCUGUAUAUCCAGGCCUGGGUACUGUAUUCCUGUGAUAAGCUUUUCUCCACACAAUUCACACUGGAUAAGAGCGACACAAACACUGUGGAGCGAGUAAGCCUGGAUUCGGUCUAUAGUUUAGAUUCAGCAUUCGUUUCUGUUCUGCUGAAAGUAUUAUCUCCAAACAACGAGGGAUUCAUGUUUCACGCUGGUGGUAGCGCCAUGAUUGAUACCUCUAAUGACCCAUAUGGAGCUAUAAUUUACGGAUACAAUGAGACAGAAGUUAUGCUCUGGAGACCAUCCCAGACAAAUACAGAUGGACAUUUGGUGUACGUGGGUGGAAAGUGGGGUGACGGGCAAAGUAAUCAAGAAAGUGAAGUUGUAGAAGUCGUCGUUAAAGUUAUUAACAUCACAGAUUGUCCAAUCCCUCCUGAUAUUGACAAUGCUUAUAAAUUAUAUGAAGGAGUGACUAAUGGUAGCAAGACGUUGUACUCUUGUAAACCUGGAUACACUGAAAGUUCAGAUGACGUCAUAAUUAACUGUGUAGAGGAUACAGCAAAGAGAAUCAGAAGCAAUAUCACCAAUGAGACGCUUGCAGAAUGGAUAAAAAAGAUGAAGAAGAAUCUAUCCGUACAUAAAUCAAAAACCAGUGCCUAUAACAGAAGCUUGAUCAGUGUCUACGAAUCUCGUCCUAGUGCU